GUUCUGUCUGCAUUGCGGUAACAAUCAAUCCUCUCUGCUUAGCAUUAUAUGAAUCUGGACCAAUAUUAGAAUUGGAUAAAGAGAUAUGGCUAAAUCUAAGUCGAAGAGGAUACAUGUAUUCAAACAUUUCAAAAAGAAAAAAGACAAACCUGAAACUACACGCGAAAUACAGGAAAAAGUUCCACUGAAGACUGUAGAGGAACUUCAUCAAGAGGUAGAGGGUGUGGCUCUGGCGAUGAAGGACAAUAUUGUGAAGAUCCGAGAUAGGGAGGGAAAACUUGAGCACUUGGUGGAACAGGGAGAGCGGCUAGAAGCUGGGGCAAUUCAGUUUUCGGUCAUGACAAAGAAAGCUCACAGGAAAAUGUGGCUGCGUGCGCACCGAAGAAGUCUAAUUUUAGGUGGACUACUUACUUUUAUUGUUUUGGUUAUAUUGAUAACUAUCAUCGUCAUCGUACUAUGGAAGACGGGAGUGAUACUUAAGGACUAGUUCAGCUUUCUAUUCUUCCAGUGUAUGGAUUAAUCCGGUGUUUGGGCAAACAUGAUGCCGAAAAUCCACUCUCGUAGCCACCAGCAUACAUGUAUACCAUAUUUGACCAAGAAUCUCCGUUAUACUCAAGAAACUUUAAAUAUUGGUACCUCGUCAGAUACUAAGUUUGUAAAACAAUAUAAAUCAAAUUGUAUUACAUCCUGCCAAAGAAGAACUGAGAAACAUUACUUCAUGCUAGCCCUUGUUGUGAUACACAUAUUUUGUCUCACUAAAUUUUCCCUAAAUCAAUGUACAUGGGCAAAUUUUUCAGAAAAUUGUUGUACCACUUCAGUUUGGAAAAUUUGGUUACUUAAUGCAUGAAGUACUUUUAUAUACUAACAUUAAUACACAAUGAGCCUGAACCACCUCCAACUCCACAAGAAAUUUAAUCUACAACUUGCGAUUGAGACAUGUAUUUUGUUCGUUUAAAAGCCAGACGUUACAACUCUUUGACUAUUUUAUCUAUAUUAUAAUAAAAUGCGAGAAGUUACGGUGACUUGUAAGCAUAAACAUGAAUCAAGAAAAAAUCGUAUUAUAUUCAUGGCUGUGUGUAUAUACAAUAUAACACGAGGAUGUGUUCACUUAUAUAAUUUUUCAUGUGCCAAAGAAAUUGCGACAAGUUUAUAUCUUUCAUCGUAUUGUAUAUUGUUGUUCAUUUG